GGUGAGUCACAUAGUUGGUGCUACUCUUCCAUCUGGGUCAAUGCUGAGCUCAGGCCUCAGUUCACCAUUGGGGGGCACUAAACUGCUAGAAGUGCCUCCUUUCACUUCACAAAAUAGUAUAUUUAUGUGUGUUCAUUUGUAUGGAUGUGUCUUAUAUUUUUAUGUGCCAGGGUUAGGAAAAGGAUUGUUACUUUAAGCAGCAGUCCCCACUGGAAUGUUACUAGCACUAGAAUGUUGCUAUGGGAGCUCACCUAGAACCAAACCAAGGUUUGCUGGGGUGGGAUUCCAUGGUGGCAAGUCUUGUGCAGUCUGAGGGAUACCUUGAAAACAAUGGCUAUGUAAUAAUGAUGUUGAGAGAGUCACUGUCAAGAAGCCAACAUGUAGAUAUUAAAGAUGUUAACAGUGCUAUAUGAGAAUAUUUAUGUCUUGUCCUAAUUCUCAUUUUGCAUUGAUUUUACACCUGUGUCAUGUCUUCUCUUUCCUUCUGUAAAUCUGCAAGUGUUGUCUAUUCUUUAGGCCUAUUCCUGUGUCAAGUGCAGUCAGUGUCAAAAAUCUCAUUUACUUCAAUCGUGCAAGUAAAGCGUGUAUGUUGUGUGUGUUUGCAGUUUGCUUUUAAGUACUAAUUUAAGUGUAUACUACAAUGUUCAUUCAGAGAUCUGGUUGGGAUUCUCACAUUCAGGUUUGAUGAAUAAACCAGAAUGUGUGUUUAUACAUUCAUAAUCUAAUCAAUCUAUUUUGGAUAUUUCUGAUGCUCCUUUCUUCAUAGUAUCAAUGUCGGCUACUGACUGUAGAGAAAAUCUGUCAUUCAAGAGCACAUGAAAUGAGAGCAGGAGAUGGAGAAACAAACAGUUGAGACUAGCCAAGAAAUAUUUCUCAGUGGCAGAAAAUUGAGGAGAAAACAUUUGUCCCAGUCAAACCAUUGGAUUAGCGGAGGGUUUGUUCCAGGACAAUCUGUUUGACAUUCACAUUGUGUUAUUCCUACAUUCUCUCCUGGUGAUGAGACAUCGGUUCCUGCUUACACACCCAUUCCCAGCAUAUCCCCUUUGAACACAGACAGCAGCUGCCUAUUAUGAAAUGCUAAUCAACAUCAAUGACGUUGUUUGUAUGUGAUGGUAUAAAAGUGUAGCCAAAAUUAAUCAAGAUGGAUUUUAGACUACACGUGCCCAUUUUUUAAUGCUAUCCAUUUCUGAUUUGGUAGCAAGAUGGAGACCAGAUAUUGUGAGGCUGUACUAGAGUCGCUUUCCUUUCUCCAAAAGUAUUUUCCUUGUUUAAUUUUUCCUGUUCUCUCAGAUAUCACAUUGGCAGGACUGUGUGUCAAGGUGGAUCCUUCAGUUCCUUUUUGUAGAGUGGGCCUAUUUCUUGUUUUUAAUCCAAAGGGUGUAACUGAUUUUUUUGGUCAGGAAAAGGUUUUACAUUAUCUACCUUUGCCUAUUUAUUGAUCUGAAAAAGGCUUUUGGGAACAAGCCAGUGUAAGCCUAUGAAGGAGAAUGAGGAUGUGUAACUUCAGCCUCACCAGAGGAGUGAGUCAAGUGGCUGUGUAUUGUGACACAAAAGGGUCCACAUGGCUAGCAACAAGUAAUCAAGAGUCAGAGGUGGGAGGACAUGGAGAAAUGGAGAGAGGAGAAAGGGACCAGAAAAAAGCAGAACAGGAGGGAAGAGUCCGAGUGGCCAUUAUGGAGAUGAAUGGAGGAACUCAGGAGAGGUGUAUGGAGCAAGAAGUGGGAGCUUGGGAGGAGGUCAUGCAGCAGGCUGGGGGAACCCGAGGGCAGAUCAUGGAGCUGGAUGGAAGACUCCAGGAGGAAAUCACAGAGCAGGCUAUGGGAGCUCAAGGGAAGAUCAUGGAGCUGGAUGGAAGAGCCUGGGUGGAAGUCACAGAACAGACUGGGGGAACCCGAAGGAAGAUCAUGGAGUUGGGUGGAAGAGCCCAGGCAGAGGUCAUGGAGCAGGCUGGGGGAACCCGAGGGAAGAUCAUGGAGUUGGGUGGAAGAGCCCAGGAAGUGGUCACAGAGCAGACUGUGGGGGCCCAAGGGAAGAUCAUGGAGUUGGAUGAAAGAGCCUGGGUGGAGGUCAUGAAGCAGGCUGGAGGAGACAAAGGGAAGAUGAUGGAGCUGGAUGGAGGAGCCCAGGUGGAAGUCACAGAGCUGGAUGGAGGAGCCCAGGCAGAGGUCACGGAGCAGGCUCGGGAAGGCCAGGAAGUGGGCAUGAAGCUGGUGAAGGACCUUUUGGCAGUGGUUGCCACUUCUGCUCUUCCCCAAGAUGAGAAGACAGAAUUGGAGUUUGUGACCCUGCAGUUUAUGAUGGGGGGUAAUGUACACCUGGUCGGGGAAUUGCAGAGCCAACACACAGUGGAAGAGUUCCAACAGGAAGUGUUUGCUAGGUUCCCCAUACCAGCAUUCCGUGUGACUAGCACAGUGGCCUGUAAUCAAGCGACCAGCCGCAGGGCUGAGAGAGGCCUCUCACUCCAUGAACUUGGCUGCUCCGGGCAACAGGACAGAAUCUACUCACAGCUUAUCUUUUUCCUGUGCAGUGCCUCCUCCUUGACACACUGGGUGGGGCUAGACCGAUUGCUGGAGAUGCUACAACAGCUGAAGCGCUGUAUCGACUAUAUUCCAGUGGCCCUGGUUGGAGUGAUUGUGCAAGCAGACCCAGAGCUGGAUCUGGAGCAGGAGGUGAAGGCACUGCGGUGGCUGAAGUGCCUGCUGGAUGGAGUCUUCUAUGGUGAUUUGUUGCCAGGCCAUGACGGGACAGAACAAGAGGUGCAGGUUCAGGUGGCUGUCUACCAGUCAGGCUGGCCUCAGCGGGCUCUAGAGGUUAAGAGAGCAGCCUGCCAGGCAAUACGAGCGGCCCUGAAGUUCUGAACGGGCAACAUGUGAGGUGCAUCAGGAUUACAAUGGCUCCUGUAUUACAACUGAAGAUCUCAAUUAGCAAUGGAAAAUCAAUUCCGAUUUUGUCCCAGUUAUCGGUGUGCUUCUUUUAAUUUUGAAAAUAGUUAUUGCUUAAUAUUUGUUGCAAAACAAAACCACUUUAGAUAUCUGCAUUGUGACAUCACAAAUAGCUAAGAGCCACAGUGUGCUAUAGCAAUAUACGGAGAGCUGGAUGGCUCAAUGUACGGAUAAUGGCUAUAGAAUGUUAUGUUUUGAAUUAUAGCUACUAAGCCGUGACAUUCGGAAGAUUUCCAAGUACCAUAGCUUUCUCCUGGCCUGUAAAUUGUGGAAUGAGCCCAGUUUGCACUAUUUAUGUCUUAGAUGAGUUUUUUUUCCACCACAGCACUAUCCCUAUAUUUGUUGGACUUGCCUUUGCAAUUGAAAUGGAUUGUAGGCUCGUAUGAUCAUUUUCACUGCUUUAGAAUACAGUCCCCAUGUUUCAAGAAAGCUUUAUUCCAUUCUUGUCUGCUUAAUUUUUAUACACAGAAAUUUCCUGAGAUGAUGAAAAUACCAAGAGCAUAAAUGAAUGGAAUAUUUUCUUUUUUGGUUCAAUUUUUAUUGGGAAUCCUCUAUUAAGAGCAGCCAUACUGGUCAGACCAAUGGUCCAUCUAGCCUAGUAUCCUGUCUUUCAACAAGCUGCUUCAUAGGGAAUUAAAAGAGGAGGGCAAUUAUCGAGUAAUCCAUCCCAUCAUUCACUCCCAGCUUCAGGCAGUUAGAGGCUAGGGCUGCCCACAGCAUAGGGUUGCAUCCCUGUCCAUCUUGGCUAAUAGCCAUUGAUGGACCUCUCUAUCCAUCCUCUGUAUUACACUGGGACUUACCGUUAUAGGUCUCUAUUGAGGGUUAGAGAACAUAUUAGAUGGUACUGUUUAACUACUCCACAGAGUUUACAGGUUCUUGACUAAAUUAUGAGUGCCUGAGUAAUCAUUUAAUUUAUGCACCCCUGAUUUGGGCUGGAUUCAGCUGCCAUUGAAAUCAAUGGAAAGACUCCAUAGGGACUAGAGCAGACACUUAGCAAGAAUGUGAGUUAUGGCAGAGAUUAUAAAACUGGGGAAACCUAUAUAGAGAAAUCUUUAAAAAAAGGUAAUCAGCUUUUUCUCAGAAUAUUAAUAUUCUUCUUGUCUGCACAGGGUAGUUACCAGACCCAACCGGAGUGUCUUUGACCCUUUAAAUUGCUGGUGGGGAAAGCAAAACCAGAUGCCACUAAUUUAUAUGCAUCAAUGAUGAAGCAGCUAAAGCUUCCUUUACUCUUUGGUAUAAAACCAAAUCACGGACAAUUUUAGCCUAUUUAGCCCAGGUCAAAAACCACAUUUAUAAAUUAUUCACAAAAACCUUCGUCUUAGGUGGGUGGAAGAGAGACUAGUAGGUAAUUUACAAGGAGACAAAAAUUCCAGCUACCCAGUGGUAGUAAUAACCUGAUCAUCUGAGGGUGCAAAAAAGAUGAGGAUCAUGCAUCUAUCCACUCAAUCUGAAAGAAAGGGUCUUCCUUUGUUUGUACCCUUGCGUGAACUACAUUGCCCCGGCAAACUUUGCUUAACUUGUGUGCACAACAGAAAUUACCAGAAAAUUAAUAUAAAGUGUGAUCAAAUAAUAAAUGUUCCAUUUCUAAAUGUUUUAUAAAGGGUAAUAAAUGGUUAAUAGAUGCUAUAGACAUGUAUGUGUACAUAUGUGGAAAGUGUUAUAGAUGCUUAUAAAAUAACCUGUGACAGAUACUGCAACUGCAUACAAUAUUUUUGGGGACUAUAUUGUAUUAAGUUUAUGUAUCAUUGUGGGCCUAGGAUGGUA